UUCUAUUUGACAGCUGUCAGUAGUGUUUGUUUCCCAAACUGUAUAAUUACUUUAACAAUUUUGCAUUUAGUGAUUAAAAAAAAGGCAUUAAAUAUUAAUUUAUUAUACAUUGUUGACUCUAAUGGCAUGAGAGAGAGAAAUUUUAAUUAUCUGCUUCUAAGGUUCAUGUCAACCAUUAAAAAAAAAAAAAAAUGAUCAUUUUUUCUUUAUAAAAUGAGCGACUAGAAAAUUGGAAAAUAAACACAAUUAUGGGAAAAACAACACGUGUUGUGGUUUGUGGAAUGAAAGGUGUAGGCAAAACUGCUCUUUUGGAGCAACUCAUUUACGGAAAUGUAACUUCAAAAACUGAAAUACAUCCGACAAUUGAGGAUAUUUAUGUGGCAAAUAUUGAAUCGGAUCGUGGAACAAAGGAAAAAGUACGAUUUUACGAUACAGCUGGAUUAGAACCAAUGCACAAUAAUACAAAUAAUCAACAAUUACCAAGGCAUUAUCUUGGUUUUGCCGAUGGUUAUAUUUUAGUUUAUGACACAACAAAACCCGAGUCACUCGAUGUUUUGUUACCAUUAAAAAAGGAUAUUGACAAAAAUAAAGACAAAAAGGAAAUAACAAUAAUUGUCAUUGGCAAUAAAACAAGAAAUGAACCUGAAAUGCAAACAUUAGAAAAUACAGCGAAUAAAGCAAUAAAUUGGUGUACACGUGAAAAAGUGCGACAUUUUGAAGUUAAUAUUAUUGAUAGAACAAGUUUAUAUGAGGCAUUUAUUUAUUUAUCAUCGCGAUUAAAUCCACCAUUAAAUAAAAGUACAUUUCCCCAAUUAAGUAUGGGACGAAAAAAUACACGAACCGAAACCACUUGAUGGUUUAUUGGUGAUUUGAUAUAUUUUUUAUUCCCAUGGAGACCGAAUCUCAAGUUUUAAUUUUUUUUUUUUUUUUACAUAAAUUUUCAAAAUAUUUUUUAUUGUUUACAAAUAAUUACGCUUUCUAUUUUUUUUUCGCGGUAAUUUUUUUUUUUAUCGUUUUUUCUUUCAAUUGUUUCUCUUUAGAUCUUUUUUUUCUAUAUUAAAAAAAAUAUUUUAAAAAUAAUCUAUCGUAAAUGAUAAGAAAUAAUUUUUAAUAAGUGUACUUAAUUUUUUUUUCUCGGAAAUAAUAAAAAUUUUCAA